CAAUUCGUCACGGCCUGAUACUUUCUUGCCAGUAUCUUGCGGCUCAGCUCACGGCUUUCAUCAUCACAUCCUCUCGUCAAGCUCCCUCCGAGGUCGCCUUCAUGUUGGACGACAGCAGCCUGCGCCGGUUGGCUGCCAACCAACUUAUAGACCAUGUCUCACCACGGAACCUGCAGGUGCUGAUGCCGUCACCCUGCGUCGCACUGGGGGCAGCCAACGAGGUCAGCCACCCCCUCGACAGCGACACCAUCUCACGUGAAGAUCUGCCGUGACUUGUGUUGGAGUGCCGCAUUUCGGGACGCGUUCCGCUACAAUAGUGCCUAAUCACCGCCAGUAAACACCAUUGGCUUCACUACUUACUUAUAAGCUGCGAAGCAUACCGAGGGAAGGAGCGCCCCAGCGUUGGAAGCUGUUGAGGCAGGAACCGACCCACGUCCUUCUUUCUUCAAAAUAACUAUCAGAGCGCCUGGUAUUGAAAGGAAACUCGAGCAAUGUUUUAGCCGCGGCAGGCAGCCAAAGGUUCAAGCCAUCCGUCUGCAACCAUCUCCGCGACGUGAUGCACGGCCCGCCAGCAGACAAGUGCUAGCAUCAUGAACUCGACGACGACGCAGCCCCUCAUUUCUUCAUGGUCACCCACGCCGAUCCCGAACCUCACCCUCUCGGCCGGUGGUCUCCUCGCCCUCGCCGACCUCAACACUAUCGCUCAGCGCACCGUCAUCGCCGGUGGCUCGUCUUGGCUCGACGCCUUGGUACUCGCCCCCGGCUUGCAUUAUCAACAGGCAGCCGAUGCCCUUUUCGACCAAAGGCGGACCUCCACGGGGCCUGACGGAGGCAGUGAUGGCGACUCCGCUGUCGAGGGCGAUACUCAGGCGCGCUUCCCAGUGUCCAACCGGGCCAUGGUCAAUUACCUGCGCAGGCUGUGGCAGGAGGUCAACGAGACCGGAACCUUGACACUCGACGUGGGAAUGCUGAAGGAAAAGACGCGACGAGAAGAGAUCCAACACCUACGACGGGCGUUUGGCGACUGGUGGCGUCGACGGCCCAGGCAGGCUGCGUCUGAGCAACUAGAGGCACUCAAUGAUACGGACGUUGUCCAGCAGAUGAUCGAGGUGGACUGGUUGAGCCACCUCUUCUACCUCGCCAGCCCGCUCCUCACCGUGGCCUCCCUGACAUUUAUGAUGCUUCUGGCCGACUGGUGGGGUUUGUCUUUCAUCAUCGCUCUCAUGAUCUCCCGAAUCCUCAACAUCUGGUCCAUAAAGCAACGAUCUCGCCCCACUCCGCCGCCGUCUCGAUCACAGCCGCUGCCGCCUUCACUGGCCACCUCCGAGUCCGCGCCCCCGGCGCUGCCCGACAGGCGAACCUCGUACGCCAUCGAGCUUGGAGGCGGCCGACGUGCAGUCCUGCGCGGCAUGGACUCGGACCUGCGCGCGCUCACGACCCAGACCUGGCUCCGCGACAAGUCCACCCUCGACGGCUACCUCGAGGCCGCCGCUAAGCUGCUCGUCUAUCUUGUCGCGGCCUUCAGCGGCAAUCUGAGCCAGGCCGGCGCCAUUGUGCUCAUGACGCUGCUCCUCGUCAGUGCCGGUUUGUUGGGCCUGAGCAACGCGCAUGCGAGGGAGCUGCGUAUGAAUGGACGCGUGGCGAGGCUGAACAUGGAGAGGGAGUUGAUGGACCGGAGAAAAAGGGGCUUGCACAGACAGGGAAACGGCACGACGGUGUCAGCGUAAGAAACGAAGGAAAGGUACAAUAGUUACGACGCGGCGUGUUCCGGGCGCGAGCAUACGCAGGGCCUUUGGGCGUUUCAAGUAGCGAUAUUCCAAAACUAUAUUCUCAACUGCUUUCCAAGCUCAUUGUAAAAU